GGCGCCGGGAGCGCAAUGGUGGCGGCGCGGCGCGACGGGCCCGCAUCGGCGGCGGGCAAGGCGGGCGCGGCGGCCCUCGGGCCCGGCCGAAAGCGGCGGUGGAGGCCCGUCCUGCUGCGCAGCGUUGUCGGCAGCGUCCAGGAGGGACGUGGAUUUGCAUUUCGGAGGAAACAAAAGAUUGAACGACAGUACAGGAAAUUAUUGAAAAAGAGAAGACAAGUGCAUUCACUACAGGAUAAUCAAUUUACUGAUACAUAUCCAGAGCACUUGAAACAUCUUUACCUUGCAGAGGAAGAAAAGCUUAAGAAGCGGCGCAGGACUCCAGGUGAUUCAGUGCCAUCAGAAGAAAAGCUUAAUAAAGCAGCAGAGCCAGUUGUGACUCAAGAGAAGUUUAAAAAUAAAACAUCCAACCAGAAGGCAAAAGAAGAGUAUGAGAAAAUAAAGACUGAGCGUGCUAGGAAGAAAGAGGAAGCAGAAAAAAGAAAACAACAAAGAGAAGAAGCUCAACGUUUGUACAAGCAAAAGAAAAUGGAAGCUUAUAAAAUACUGAGUAAGAAGACAAAGAAAGGACAGCCAAAUCUAAAUUUACAAGUAGAAUUUCUUCUUCAGAAAAUACAGCAAAAUGCAUAACCCCUGCAUGUAUUUGAGUUAGCUGUGGACAUUUUAUUAAAUUACUGUUAAUAAAUAAUGUCUUUUUGCUUCUA